CUUCCAGCAAAGAGCGGAAGAGGCGGGCAGGUGGAGGAGGGGUUAAGAUGGCGGCGCCUUUGAGGAUUCAGAGCGACUGGGCCCAAGCCCUCAGGAAGGAUGAAGGGGAAGCCUGGCUGAGUUGUCACCCCCCAGGGAAACCCACUUUGUAUGGCAGCCUAACUUGUCAAGGAAUUGGCCAGGAUGGCAUCCCAGAAGUUACAGCUUCAGAAGGAUUUAUUGUGAAUGAGAUAAACAAGAAAAGCAUUCAUAUUUCUUGUCCGAAGGAAAAUGCAUCCUCAAAGUUUUUGGCCCCAUACACUACUUUUUCCAGAAUUCAUUCAAAGAGUAUAACAUGCCUGGACAUUUCCAGUGGAGGCGGCCUUGGUGUGUCUUCUAGUACUGAUGGAAGCAUGAAGAUCUGGCAGGCUUCCAAUGGCGAGCUCAGAAGAGUAUUGGAAGGACAUGUGUUUGAUGUGAAUUGUUGCAGGUUUUUCCCAUCAGGCCUUGUGGUUCUGAGUGGGGGAAUGGAUGCCCAGCUGAAGAUCUGGUCAGCUGAAGAUGCUAGCUGUGUGGUGACCUUCAAAGGUCACAAAGGAGGUAUUCUAGAUACAGCCAUUGUUGAUCGGGGGAGGAAUGUGGUGUCUGGUUCUCGAGAUGGGACAGCACGACUUUGGGAUUGUGGGCGUUCAGCCUGCCUGGGAGUCAUUGCAGACUGUGGUUCUUCCAUUAAUGGAGUGGCUGUGGGUGCUGCUGACAACUCCAUAAACCUCGGCUCCCCUGAGCAGACGCCAAGUGAACGGGAGGUUGGAACAGAGUCGAAAAUGCUGCUAUUGGCACGGGAGGAUAAGAAACUUCAGUGCUUGGGACUGCAGAGCAGGCAGCCGGUGUUCUUCUUUGUUGGCUCAGAUGCCUUCAACUGCUGCACUUUUCUCUCUGGCUUCUUACUGUUGGCUGGGACACAGGAUGGAAACAUUUAUCAGCUGGACGUGAGGAGUCCAAGGGCUCCAGUACAAGUCAUCCACAGAUCAGGAGCACCAGUUCUGUCCCUCCUGAGUUUCAGAGAUGGAUUCAUUGCUAGCCAAGGUGAUGGAAGCUGUUUCAUUGUCCAGCAAGACCUAGACUAUGUCAUUGAGCUCACUGGGGCCGACUGUGAUCCUGUGUUCAAGGUAGCCACGUGGGAGAAGCAGAUCUACACAUGCUGUCGAGAUGGUCUUGUGCGACGCUAUCAGCUCUCUGAUCUCUGACUCCUUGGAAAAGGAUUCCCAGUUAAUGAAAAAAAUUGGCCCUAAUCGACAAAGAGCAAAAUAAUCAUCAGUCCUUCUCAAGGACCAUGUCCCCUUAUUGUUUGGGGCACCCUUUGGAAGUCACAGAAAAUCAGCUGCAUUGGCCCAUGUGGAAGUAUCAUUCCAUGACAAGACCUAAUGUGAACUGAAGAAGCAGCUCACACAUGCUCCCUAUAUACACUCACCCCAACAGCACAGGGCAAGGAUAUGGAUGCUUACAGUUUGAUCUCAUACCAUUGUGUUAAGUGUUUACAAGGAUCAGAGGACUAAAGCUUGUUCUCUGAAGGGAAUAAAGAGAAUGUAUUUGGAG